CCCGUCGCGCCAAACAUCCCAUGCAGAGCAAGAUGCUGAAAGAGGACAAGAGAUAAUGGAGAUCGACGAGCUUGAGUCUUUGCAUGUAUCCGGCCAGCCUGUGCAACGGCGCUGUCAGCUCAAAAUUGAAGAAGAGAUCGAUGGAAACCAGCACAGGCGCCAAGUAGUUGUACAAAAAGAAAUGCUGCAGCUUCAAACUACGCAGAAACGAAUCGAAACGAACUAUCGCUUAAUAGAAAGCAGAAUUCAAUCGAAACAGGACCAACGAAUUGGAGAGAUGCAACAACAAACAGACACGCAACUUCGUGACUUCGGCAAUCGCUUCAAAAGUACCCAGGCCGAGUUACCUCAACGCGUUGAGACUUUGGUAAAGUUGAGCUUGGAACGGCGCAACGACUCACUUCAAGACCAGCUUCAACAAAAGCUUUUGGAAGCGCAAGCCCAGCACCUCCGUGAUAUAGAAUCUAAGAACCAGAACUCUCUCGCUGCUAUAAGUGCAAAACUGGACAAGGCAGCGGGCUGCACAGCGUGGUGUGGAAUUACGGAUUCGAGCAAGAACGUGAAGACGUUCGUUCGAAGAGCUGCGGUGCGCGCUCUCGAAGCGCUUCUGAGGGCCCACGCAGGCGACACGGUUCACGCAUCAUCCAAGAAAGACCAAUUUGACAUUUAUGCGCGCGGUACAGACUCGUCUUCUGUUGUCCGUGCGCAGUCUAUCAAGUCAUUGUCAGCAAUUCUACUCAAGUUCUCAUGCGAUGAAGAAGCGCACAACCUGUGA